ACUGUCAUCAGUGUCUUUUCUAACGUUACAGAAAAUAAGUUUAGUGCAAGUUUAUGAAAUUGUUCCAUUAAUUGUUGAAAAGUUUAGAAAAAAUUUUUCUAUAGAAAGGACAUGUCAACAACAAUGGUUCAAGAAGUAGUUCAUGUGGGACCUAAACCUGAGGAAAAAGGUGUUAAGAAGUAUUUACUACCAGCAGACAUCGGUACCGAUCCUAAUUUCAAGAGGAAAAUAGUUUGGAAAAAUGUCUUGGGUUUCAUCGUGUUGCACUCGGGUGCCCUUUAUGGUAGCUAUUUGUGUUUUACAGACGCCAAGUGGCUGACUGUUGCAUUUUAUUGGAUACUGACAUUCUUCACUGGAGUAGGCAUAACUGGAGGAGCUCAUCGCCUUUUCUCCCAUAAAACCUACAAAGCAAAGUUGCCCCUAAAGCUACUUAUGCUGAUUCUGCAGACGAUGGCAGGACAAAACUGCAUGUACAUUUGGGUGAGGGACCACAGAUUGCACCACAAAUUCAGCGACACAGACGCAGAUCCACAUAACGCAAUGCGUGGAUUCUUUUUCUCUCACAUGGGCUGGUUAAUGAGUAGAAAACAUCCUCUGGUUAUCCAGAAAGGAAAGACAAUCGACUUGUCUGACUUGGAGGCAGAUGAACUGGUGAUGUUCCAGAAGAAAUACUACAAAACGUUGUACUUCAUUUUUGCCCUCAUUAUACCAGUGUACAUCCCUGUGAUUUUAUGGGGGGAAACGGAGUGGAAUUCAUUGUUCAUAAGCUACUUCCUUCGUUAUGUUACUCUUUUACACAUCACCUGGACAGUCAACAGCAUAGCACACUUCUACGGUACCAAACCGUUCGACAAGAACAUGGUAUCAGUUGAAAGCAGAUUAGUGGCUCUUUGGGCAGGAGGUGAAGGAUGGCACAAUUACCACCACGCAUUUCCUUGGGACUACAAAGCCAGCGAGUUUGGGGCAGGACUCAACGCUACUGGUUUCUUCAUAGACGUAAUGGCACAUUUCGGUCUUGCAUACGAUUUGAAAGAGGCAUCUCCAGACAUGGUUAAAAAGAGAAUUUUAAGAACGGGCGAUGGCACCCAUAAGUAUUUCGGACAUUUAGUUACCAAAAAUAACAACAACAACAAUAACAAUGAAAAAUACUACGAAGAGGAAAGUACAAAUAUUGAAUAUGAAGCUUCAAAGAUUCAUUAAAGCAGACUAGCACUAGAUUUUUUUGCACUGAAAAUAUGUUUGCUAAUAUUACAAAUAUUUAGUGUAUACGGUUGUGAUAUUCUAUAUGUAUAGAAACUACUAUCUUAUGAUGUUUAAUGUAUCUAAUUGAUUUGAAAUUGUUUUUUGUAUUUUCAGAACGGCUAACUCUUUUGAUUCAGUUUUUUUUUUAUUUUGCUAGUAAGAUUUUAUAUGAAAAUCCAUAUAAAUCUGUUAACAUUUGCAGGAAAUAUCUUACUGGAAGUUUGUAGAAUAAUAUUUAUUUCGAAUCUUUUUGUAAAUAUUGAAAAGUAUAUGUAUUGAUUAGUGUUAAUGAUUUAAAAAAUAAUUAUUUGCAUGUGAGCUACUGAAGUUUCAGGAAAUAAAUUUUUUAAACUCG